UCAAAAAGAAUCCAUCAUGGUUUUGUUGUUUUGUAGUGUUUACGUUUUUAUUGAUGCCAAAAUGUAUUUAACGCUGCUCGAAUCGAUAAUAUAAUUUAUAGUGAAUUAUUUUUAGUAAAUUUUAUUAAAGUGUACAGCUUGCAAUGUACUCUAAAGGAAAAGGUUCAUCAGUACCGUCUGAUGCACAAGCUAGAGAAAGGUUAGCUCUUUACGUUUACGAAUACUUACUGCACACUGGUGCCUCAAAAGCAGCACAAACAUUUCUCAGUGAAAUACGCUGGGAUAAAAAUAUUACAUUAGGUGAGCCACCCGGAUUUUUAAGUUCAUGGUGGUGUGUCUUUUGGGAUUUAUAUUGUGCAGCACCAGAACGCCGUGACAAUUGUGAACAUUCCAGUGAAGCUAAAACAUUCCACGACUAUGGAUUUGUAAAUCCAACAAAUUAUAAUCCUGGAGGUGUUAAUGGUAUUGGUCAUAAUACAGGUCCUUCUCCUGGACCAAUGGGACCAAUGCCACCAAAUGAUUCAAUACCUCCUGGACCUGGAAUACCGCCAAAUUUUUUUAAUAAUUCUAAUAUGAGACCUUCACCUACUCAUCCAGUAUCUCAAUCAAGUCCUCAUCCUCCACCAAAUGCACCUCAUAAUCAAAUGAUGAAUCAGCCAUUCAUGGGGCCUAGAUAUCCUGGUGGUCCUAGGCCUGGUGUUCGAAUGCCUCCUCAUAUGCCUAAUGAUUUUAGUGGUCCCAGUCAACCUAUGAUGAAUAGUAUGGAUAUCAUGCGACCUGGACCACCAGUUAUAAAUCCUAGAAUGAAUUUGUCACGUGGUGGUUAUGGUCCUCCUAUGCGUGGAAUGCCUCCUAGUAAUGUUAUGGGUGCUGGUCCUGGGAUGCACCCAGGAAUGGGUAUGGGUCCAGUUGGACGACCUCAGUGGACUCCAGGAAAUCCUAAUCAUCCUAUGGGCUAUUCAUCUUCAUCUCCUGGAAACUAUCCUCAAGGACCUCCUGGUCCAGGUACACCAUUGAUGACAAGUCCGCAAGAUUCAAACUCUGGUGAAAAUAUGUAUACAAUGAUGAAAUCAGUACCAGGUGGUAGUAUGCCUGGAGAAUUUUCUAUGGGAAAUCCUGAUUCUGCAGGCCCAUUAGGGCCUAUGGGACCAAAUUCAAUGGGUCCUGUAAUGAAUGGUGAUGGUAUAGAAGGAAUCAAAAGGUCACCACCAGAUGGUCCAAGUACACCUAGGGAUGAUAGUGGAAGUGGUAUGGGAGACUAUAAUUUAGGAGGCUAUGGUGGACCUGUAGAUAAUGAUCAAAAUGAAUCUGCUGCAAUAUUAAAAAUCAAAGAAAGUAUGCAAGAAGAAGCAAAAAGGUUUGAAAAAGAUUCUGACCAUCCUGAGUAUUAUAUUCCAUAAAUUGCAACUAAGUUUCUCAGGUAUGAGAAAUGUGUCUUGCCAAAUGUAUGUACAUUUAUACUUUUACUUAGCAUUAUAAGUUAAUGUAG